AAUGAGCAACAUUCCACCCUCUCAACAUCCACCUUAAGCUCCAUAACCUGGUCCAUACUAAUAACCAACAUUCUAACCAGGAUUCGCUCCUUAAUAUGCUCCUGCUCCAGUUACUUAUGGACCUCCUCUUACCUCAUCACCAUUGAGAUAUUCACAACCACUUUAUCAAGCUCCAGUUGUUUAAUAACCAGUGUAUACUCAACCAGUUGUUUAACAACCAGUAUAUGCUCAACCAGUUGUUCAAUAACCAGUAUAUGCUUAACCAGUUGUCUAACAACCUAUUGUCACACAAUCAGUCGUUGCUCAACCAGUUGUUACUUAACAAGUUGUUGCUCAACCAGUUGUUGCACCCUAACCAAUCUAAGGAGAAAGCAGAAUCGAAUAUGUCCCAUAUGAAAAGACUGUUGUAGAAUAUGAAGAAGUCAGAUAAAGAAUUUAAGUGCCAAGAGAAAAAUAUGUUACAGACUAUUAUGCAGUGGAAUACUAAACUGAAUAUGUACCAUAAGUAUUCUAAGAAAAAUAUACAGGUAAUUAAAUAAUAUUUAAAUUAGAAUAUGUACCUGUUGAUAGAUAUUAAGAAAGAGUUGAAUAUUAUCCAGUCGAAAGAUAAGUUGUUCAUUAAUAAGUCCAAUAAGUCUAAUAAGUUGUAGCUUAACCAGUUGUUUAAUAACAAGUCUAAGUUGUUUAAUAACCAGUCUAAGUUGUUUAAUAACCAGUUUAAGUUGUUUAACAAUAACCAGUCUAAGUUGUUCAACCAUAACCAGUUCAAGUAUACUAAUAACCAAUUGUUUAAUAACCUUUGGUCUAAUCAAUCCCUGUUUAAACUGUUCGUCCACCUGCUUAUGCUCCAACUACAACUCUUCCAUUGGGCUAGACUGUUUCACCAAGACUUCCUGGUAAUACAGUCCCAGCUAAACCAUUGGAUAAAACAUAAGUAAUUUUUUAUUCUUAUCUAAUCUUUAGGGUCCUAAUCAACCAGCCCAAUAAUAGAACAAACCAAAGAGCUUUUUGGAUAGAUUAUUUGACAGAGAUUGAAA